GACGACUGUUGCUAAAUUUGAUUUUUCCGCUUCUUUUUCGGUUCAUGCUAUCAAAGACCGUGAGUGCAUGCUGAAACAGUUAGAACGAAUAUGUCAUAGACUGAAACCAGAUCAGUGUAAAUGUGUAACAGAGAUAGUGUGCUCUAAUAAAUACCUUUGGACAGGACUAUACAAUUGAGCAAUGCUUUUCUAAAUGUGGAGUUGAAAACCGCACCAGUAUUUGACACUGUAUUUGAUGAGACUAGUGGUUCAAUGAAACCUUUGCGGCGCUAUGCAAACUAAUUGAACAAUCCGAGAACGCACUACGUUUACAGAUGCCACACUAUUUCGUUUUGUGAUUGUUAUGUACUGAACCACCCCUGGCGGGUGUCUGGGAAAGUGUUCAAAUCUAAAAGUGCAAAACAUGAAAACGGUGCAAGAAACUCGACUGUACUAUGAACGGCUCACCUUUACCUCCAUCGAGCUGAAUCUGCUGUUCACAAACAUCGCCUCACUUUCGUCCAACAAUUCGCUUGGCAGCAUUAACAGCACCAGCACGGAUCACACCUCGGAUACAGUGGCGCCCAACAAUGACUCUGUAGUGGAUGGGUUGAGUGGAAUGCACUAUGUGAACAAAAGCAUCGACAACCACAACAUUCCGACCGAGCCAGAUGAUGUCCGUGACGCGCUAUGGAUAGUGAUACCGAUCAGCAUUAUAUACUCAACCAUCUUCGUGAUUGGGGUCUUGGGGAAUGUGAUAACGUGCAUCGUGAUUUCGAAGAACAAAUCGAUGCACACGGCCACCAACUAUUACCUUUUCAGCUUGGCCGUCUCGGAUCUACUGCUGUUAUUGACAGGUGUACCCCAGGAAGUCUAUUUGCUGUGGUAUAGGUACCCGUAUCCCUUCGACAACAAUGUUUGCAUACUGCAGGGUUUCGCUGCGGAAACUUCUGCCAACGCUACUGUAUUGACAAUAACAGCCUUUACCAUAGAGAGGUACGUUGCGAUUUGUAAACCAUUCCGUUCGCAUACUAUGUCCAAGUUGUCACGAGCCAUCCGAUACAUACUGGCCAUCUGGGUGAUAGCGAUGUGUUUGGCAGUUCCGCAGGCGCUAGCACUCGAAAUCGACGAGCAGUUCAGCAUGUGCACGGUUCGGCGGGAUCAGCAGCGACACGUGUUCACCAUUUCGACCGUAAUUGUUUUUGUGAUUCCUAUGUGUGUCCUGACGAUUCUGUACGUUCUGAUCGGACUGCAGCUACGCCGUUCGAAGGUCAUGAAGCGUGGAACCGCACUGGGGAGCAGCAUACGGCUAAAGCACACAAUUUUCAAGAAAAACUCCCACCGAACGAUUGUUUCCAUCAACUACCAGAAUGAUUCGCCCCAGCACUACAGUGAAAGCAUGCUCAUGCAGCAGCAGCCCCUCCAAGCUAGGAUCUCUUUGCCCGGAAGCAUCAAUGCCAGUGGUAACAACGUAAGCAGCAUGGUGGCUAACGAUACCGGCAUGGUUCCAAUCGAGCGAAGCCUCAUGGUAAACAACGUACACCAUCAGUUGGUGGAGCAGACCAACUCACUGCUGUCUGAAGACGGGCGAAUUAAUUACUCCAACCGUGUGCAGUACCACAGCACCAGGCAUGUGGUCAAAAUGCUGGUGGCCGUAGUGAUAGCAUUCUUCCUCUGCUGGGCUCCGUUCCAUGCCCAGCGGCUUUUCGCGGUUUAUGGCGGCGACCAGAAUAAUAAUGAAGCAAUACGAAUAGCGUUCGAGAUUGUCACUCACAUAUCGGGAAUUCUGUAUUUUGUGUCGACAUGCAUCAACCCUGUCCUGUACAACAUAAUGAGUCACAAGUUUCGGGAGGCGUUCAAGGAAACAUUAAAGAAUUAUUUAUACCGCCGUUCUGGGCAUCAACUAAGACAGCGUAUGUUUUUUAGGAAUGUCUCAUUGCGCUCAAGUUCCAUUAACUCGUUUUCGAUGAACACGUGCUCCUCUGUAUGUUGCACUACCAACUAUCCACUGCAGCAGAGUAGCAUCUUCAAUGAGACAACCACAAUAACUGCAUCCCCAAUGAAUGAACCUUGCUCAAACCAAAAUCCGAUCCGUUACCGAGAGAUCGAUGUAGCACGACUGAAACGUCCUCUUGUAGUAUCGUUCCGAAAAAUACCACCAACCACAGUAAACUCUUCGCCUGAGCCACGACAAAUCGGUGCUCAUAGAUGCAACACUCGACGACAAUUUUUCCAUUCGAAUGAGCAACGAACCACAAAACUAUCAAGUGCUUCUGAUGCCGAUUUGGUAUCAUAUCGAAAACACUGCUGCCUACAGGAAAUGUUGCUCGACCACACUCAAAUGCAUCCAAGCAAAGCGACAUCCGAAAACAACCCGGAUUCACUUGAUUUCUCUUCGUGUUGGACUCGAUAUGGAAAUAAUUUCCCAACGGUACGCUCUACCAAACACAGAUGGUUCCCCAUAAAAUAUUUAACCGAAAGCAACCGUUUCAAAUACUCCCCCCGAGAAAGUAUGACCGCUACUAGCACUGCGGAUGAGCGAUCUAUUGAAUGUCACAGGCAAACUAAGACACCUAGAAGUCAUUUGGCUGCUCACCAUACCCCUACCCAACUGAAAUGCAAAUAUGAUCUUUAUCCCCAACUGCGAAAUGUGUAUCACUCGUCUAACUCACGUCUUACCGGAAAUACGCUGCAUUUAGACGAUGGUAGCGACGCACUUCAAACAGGAAAGCUUCUUCCAGUCCACCCCAAAGAAGAAACCUCUAGCUCCGACGUGAAAACACACUCUGAAUGGGAUGUAUCCGACAAAAAGCUCCCCAACAGCAAGUCGAUCGAAAGCUUCAGCAGCUGCGACGAGGAUAAACUCAAAACUGAAAAAGCUCCUCUACGGGAGCUUUCAAUCAACACUUAUCCCAGCCAACCUACGGUAGCCGCGCGAAAAGCUUCAGCAAGCAAAUAUCACAGUUUACCAUCAGUCUUUAAAUUGGACAAUAACUUUAGAUGAAUUGCAGUGCACAAUUUAAUCCAAACGAGCUUGAAACCCUUUUACUGAUGAAUGUUGUUUAAACGCUAUAGUAAGUUAAGACUUUAUUUUUAAACCAAUUUAUGAGCCAAACAUUAGUAGAUAUAUUCGGAAAUGCUGGAAACAAAGGUGAGAUACGGAAAGACAUUUAUUUAAAUAGUUUUAUAAUAAAAUAUAUUGAAGCUUAUUUAUAAGGAUUUCUUUAAAGGUCUGGAAUACGAGUCAGUACUUAUAUAUUUGAUUAAUCAGAACAGAAACGCGAUUUUCGACUUGAACUCCAGUGUCCAGCAGUGGUGGAACUAAACAGAAUAUAGUGCAAACUCUUAUAGAUUUGGGGUGGCAUUGUGCAUUUCGACCCGAUAGAUCUUACCAAAAGAUAUUUUAGUUACUUGAUAAAGGUUGUCGCUUCGGUUCCCUCUGUUCUGCUGUCCGGAACAUGUUGGGUACCAAGCUGUCAAAUCGUAUGGAUUUUCCUUCUUUGACAUUUAGCUCCCCUAUCCUCGCCAGCAAAAGAUGUUCCGGACAGCGACGACAGCGACAAUCUUUAUCUAGUAACUAAAAUAUCUUUUAUCUGACCAUGCACACUAUCCAACUUUCUCACACAAACAGUGUUGAGUCGGGUUGCGUAAUAAGUCCCCUUCACAGAUGCAGAUAUAUUUUUGAAUGAUAAAGGUAACGGAUUGUGGUAAACGAUGAAAAUGUUAGGACGGAACAAGAUUUUUAAACUGGUAACAAAUAUACUGUGACAAUUUAUGUGUUUAUUUGUAUUUGUUAAUAAAAAUCACUUUUUUAGAUUUCAAUUCAAAUACCGAUAAUUAAUUUGUUUGUUUUGUUUUUUAUUUAAUUUUCUCAAGUCAACGAUUUCCACUCCUCUCCUUGGUACGGAAUGUUUAAUAUUAUAAAGUUACACAAUAAAUUUAACAGAUCCGAGGUGUUCGUUUAUUGCUUAGCACCUAGGCGCAUGCUUUGUUCACCAAAUGGGAGUCAAUUCUCACCCACUUACACAAUGUGCCCAAAGCACUCCUAGGGGUACAUAGGGCCUACAAAAAAGAUCUCUAUUCUGGACGGCAGCUCGCCUAUGUCUAAUACUGGACCAAGGUCAUAUUCCAAUAUCAGCUUUCUUAUUUUCUUUGUUGAGGCUUCACCGCCGCCUAGACCUAGCCUCUGCUGCGAUGUCCUGCUGGAUUGGAGUUAAAAAUUCGGGUUUUGCUUCGUUCACUUAUCUGUCUGUUUUUCUAGAAAUUUCGUAAACUUGCAAAGGCAGCCCUUGGUCUCUUGAUCCGUGCGCCUAUGUCGUGCCGUCUGACUCCAUUUGGCUACCAAGAUAUUGAAAGCUUUCAAUAUUCUCCAUUGCUUGCUCUGCUACUGUGAAACUGGAAGAGAUCGCCGUGUUUACAUUGAUGACGUUGAUGACUUAGCCUGCCGAAGAGGGGUGCUCGGCAAGGUCGUUGAGCUUGCUCUGCAUAACAGAGCGUCGUUGAGCUAGAAGUGUAAGGUCAUCCACCAAUUCGAAGUCGUUCAGGUGUCCAUGGUUAUUGGCUGCCAUAGUAGCUCGUGGUUUGG